AUGACCCUCGCCAAGCCAGUGAUGCGUGGCCUGCUGACGGCUCAGAUCAAGAAGAACCUGAUAGUGGCUACAGGUCUGAGUGUCAUCAGUGUCUUCGCCUGGAAAGUCUUCUUCCAGGCUCCCAGAAAACAGGCCUAUGCUGAUUUCUAUAAGACCUAUGACGCACAGAAGGAGUUUGACCGCAUCAGGAACCUCGGCCUUUUCCAGUCCUGCCGACCUGAUGGGGAGGAAUGAACACCAGGGGGGGUAGUGCGUCCUGCAGGAGAGAUGCGGUCCAACGGUGCACUUCUUUGUAACAUAUUGUGAAUUCCGAUGUACAUGUAAAAAUAAAUUAUAUGAGAGUUUU